AUGGUAGAUGAGACAGAUAGACUACUACCAAUAGCCAACGUUGGUAGAAUCAUGAAGCAAAUACUCCCACCAUCGGCAAAGAUCUCCAAAGGGGGUAAAGAAACAAUGCAAGAGUGUGUGACGGAGUUCAUAAGCUUCGUGACCGGGGAGGCGUCCGAUAAGUGUCACAAGGAGAACCGAAAGACGGUAAAUGGAGACGACAUUUGUUGGGCUCUAACCACACUAGGGUUUGACAACUACGGGGAGGCAAUAACACAAUACUUACACAAGUAUAGGGAGUUUGAAAGGGAGAAAGCUUGCCAAGGAAAAGCCGAUGACGGUGGCCGAGUAGUCGGAGGAGCGGCGGCCGGUGGGAGUAGCAGUAGCAAUGAAGAAACAUAUCAUCAUCAUCAUCAUGAAGAAGAAGAAGCUACAACAAUAAUCUGUAUAUAUACAGCUUUGUUAGCUACAACUAGUGAUGUGUUUAAACCAAUGGGAAUGCUUGGUUUGUACAUCUCAGAUUACAUACAAGAUAUCAUUACAUGA